AUGGAACAUUUGAGCAAACUUGAUUUCACCCCUUUGAAUGUAUCUGGUGAGAACUACGUGAGUUGGACAAUGGAUGUUAAGAUCCAUCUCACUAGUAAGAAACUGAGGAUGGCUAUUGUCAAAGAAAAUCUGCUUAAUGAAGCCCAGAAGGCUGAAGCUAUGAUUCUGAUUAGGAGGCACUUAGAUGAGGUCCUCCGUUUGGACUACUCAUCGAUUGAGGAUCCCCAAAUACUAUGGGAUGCCCUGGCCAGUCGAUUUGAUCACCAAAAGACAAUCCUCUUGCCUGAAGCAAGAAACAAAUGGAUUCACUUACGGUUUAUGGACUUCAAAACCGUUAACGAGUAUAACUCUGAAGUAUGUCGCAUCAAAUCCACCCUGGAGUUUUGUGGAGAGAAACUAACUGAUGCUGAAAUUCUGGAGAAGACGUACUCUACAUUCCCUGCCUCACAUAUGAUACUGUCUCAACAGUAUAGAGCCAAGAACUAUACUCAGUUUUCAGAGUUGGUCACAGUUCUGCUCCUCGCCGAGAAGAACCUUGAUCUUCUUUUGAAGAACAACCAGGCUCGACCAAUUGGUACUCGACCUUUGCCAGAAGCAAAUUUGGUCAACAGAAACAAUUGUGGAGGAGGCAGAGGCCGUGGGUUCAAUCGUCGAGUGAGAGGACGAUGUAAUAGGGGCGGACAUGCUCCUUAUAAUAGGCCACCUAAUGGUCCCCCACAAUAUGGGCAAAGGGGAAAUAUGCCAAGAGGAGGUAACAAUGCUCGACCUAGAGGUGCGCAGCAGAAUAGAGCCCCGAAUCAGAAUCAAAAUCAGAAUAGAGAUACAUGUCAUAGGUGUGGUGGAACUGGGCAUUGGUCACGCACCUGUCGUGCGAGGAACGUUAUGGUUGGUGGUGUAAAUAACAAUGCACCACCGGAGGACCAACCUGGUUGA